AUGACCAAACUUCGAAGCGCCAUACUGUCACUUUGGCUCCUGAACCACAUAGUUUUAGGAUCAUGUGCGAUCGAUGACUCGCCUACAAGUCGACAACUGGACGAUGAAAACUCAGCCUCAUCUAGAAGGAUGUCAUCGCUUGGUUCGAAAAUGACGACUCCAAUGGAUCCUCUCAUCCGUCGUUUAAACUAUCCAGAAAACCAGCCCCAUAUUUGUCUAGCAUUCCUAAGUUGUUGCGGGAGAACCGACUUGCUAAAUGCCACCAUCGCAGGUGCCAUUCGCCACAUGGAAGAAGACGAACCGUACUUCCUUCGAUUCGAAAUCGCUUGGGUAGAUAAUGGGAGCGGGAAAGAAGCAACAAGCUCUAUUUCUAAUUCUUAUCAAAUUGAAAAUGCACUCAUUCUUCCGUCGAAUAGUGGACUGGCGUACGGAAUGAAUUUGUUGAUAAACAACUUGUGCAAGGCGCCGUACAUCUUGUUGUUGGAGGAAGACUGGUUGUACCUAGACGAGGUUGUCGCCAAGCAAACAGAAGAGAGAAAGCGAUCAGUUGCUACAUCAAUUGCACUUCUUGAAAGCAUGGAAAAAAAUGAGAUAUCAGCAUUCGAUGGACGGAGGGUUUCUGGAGUCUUUCUGCGAGAGGAGACUUACACAAGUUUCUUGCAGUGGCCACAUGAAAACCUCUGGGAAACUGCACACAGUAUCAACAUAGAACACGAGUUAAAACGUAUGGGUGCUGAAGAGCCCUCGUGUGAUAAGGGAAGCAGUGCUGAAAGCAAUAUGGUGGCAGAUAUUGAUUACAGAAUAUAUUGCAGCGAUCCUAGUCUUCAAAAAUCACAUAUAUGGGGCUCCUACACCAAUGGAGCAGGACUUUACAAACGAAGUAGUUUGAAGCAUAUAGGAAGAAUGUAUGGAGAACCUGGGGACGCUUUCCAUGAUAGAUACACAGAAGGAAAUUAUGCAUAUCGGGCAGGUCUGAAGUUCUGCCAUGCAUCAAUUCGGUUGACCAAAGAUGUUUCGUGUGAUUCAAUAUCCAAUGUGGACUGUACUGGUGCGUUUCAUCACAUUGGUGGCGGCAGAGGGACUCGUCCAAUGACCGCGCACGGCUCAGUUUGCGAGGAUUUUGGAUGGAACUUCUAUCGCACGCCCAUGUACAGUAGGUAUCACAAAUUUGUAGAGGCAUCAACUGGCACGGCAGUGCAAAUGUGCAGCCGUGAAGAGCUCAAACAACUUCAGGAUCGAAAAUUUCGUGAUAAAGAUUCGGAGAGCUACAGACGUCAAGUCAAAGAAUCAAACGCAGAAGUAUUUCAGCGUGAGCAGAAGCAACGAGACAACAUGCGACGCGAAGCUCGACUUGUUCUUCAAUAUGUAGAUGCAGGCCGGUCGGAUGCUCUGCGAACUCAAGUAUCAUGGAUGGCAGGCAAAUCUGAAGAGAGCAUCCGCAUUAUGGCAACCAGAAUGAUCAAGCUUGCAGACUCCCCGCACCCCCUCACUGGUUUCUGGGACUCUCAUGGAAGAAUUGUCAGCAACCAAGAUACGGAGCAACAUGAACGAACGAAGCGAUGA